AUGUGGCUGCUGAGCACUUUCAUCCUGGCAGCUGGUUUCCCUUGCAGCUCUGCACGAGUUUUGCAGCAAACCCCCAUAUCCAUCACUAAGCCAGAAAGCAAAACGGUGCUAAUCAACUGCCACAUCUCUCAUCCGGAUUUUAACAAAGUUUUCAUUCACUGGUACCAGAAGAGGCCCAAUGCUGCUCCCAAGCGCAUUGCCUACAUGUCCUCCAGGCUCUUCCUUGAAAACCAGUCUGAUGAGGGGAAAUUUAGCAUCGAGAAGGAUCUCACCAAAUCUGUCUGCACCCUGACAGUGAGCAAAGUAACUCUGCGAGACUCCGCUACCUACUACUGUGCUCAGUGGGAUGCACAGCAGCAGAUGCCAGCAAGAGCCCUCAGGAUGCUGCUGCUCCCGCUCCUGGCCCUGGCUGCAGCCUGGUCUCAUGGACAAGCACAAGUGCUUCUAAAGCAGAAGCAAGUGUCUGUUACCACAGGGCAAACGAAAACUGCAUGGAUUGACUGUGUAGCCGAGGGCAUAUCUGACCUCCAGUCUGUGUAUAUACAUUGGUACCGACAUAUACCCCACAAAGGUCCCGAACGGAUUCUGUAUAUUGGACCAGGACAAGUUACUUACGAUGAUGAUUCCUACAAGAACAAGUAUACUUCUUUCAAAAGUACAAAAGUCUGCACUUUCUCAGUCAAUGACGUCAACUCCAACGAUGAAGGUGGAGACGCGCAGGCAGUGCCGGUGCAAACCCCAGAGCUGCAGUGGAAGGUGAGUGGCAGCUCUGCCAGCCUGGCAUGCCGAAUGAGCGCCGAAGAUGUCGUGCACUGGUACAAGCAGCCUCCCGGCCAGCCGCCAAAGAGGAUCCUGUAUGUGUCGGGACAGUCACCUACUUUUGAUGAUAGCCAUGAUACAGGGAGAUUUCAAGUUCGGAAGCACCCUACUGAGCCUCUCUACGCAGACAUGCUGCUGCUGGCAGCGCUUGUGGCCACCGCCGCUUGGUCUUAUGGAUUUGCACAAGAAAUUCCCAUGCAGAGCCCUCUGUCCAUCACCAAGUCUAAAGGGACUGUCCGCCUGCAAUGUCAUUUCAAAGACUUCUCUGGAGAUUUUGAUGAUACCUUCAUACACUGGUAUCAACAGAAGGAGGGUAAUGCUCCAGAGAGGCUCCUGUUCUUUUCAGGAGGGAAAGCUUCAGUUGAAAGUGGCUUUCAAGCGCACAGGUACAUGGUUGAAAAAGUUUCUAGCCAGAAACGGUGCGUUCUUACAAUAAACGAUGUAAUUCCAGACGACGCUGCUACUUACUACUGCGCCUACUGGGACCACUACUACAAAAUCUUCGGAACCGGCACAAAGCUUAUUGUUUCUGACAAACCACAGUCUCCACCGGCAAACUUUGAAAUCCUGCAGAAGGAACAUAAAAAUCAGAUAAUGUAUGUUUGCCUUAUUGAGAAAUUCUACCCAGAAGUUAUUCGGGUGACAUGGACCGACGGAGAAAAUAAGGAGGUAACAGACAACGUAGUAAAAGGAGACACCUGGAAGCCCGCAACAGAGGAUAAAUACUCAAUCGGCAGCUGGUUAACUGUACCAGCGGAGAACAAAGACAAGAACUAUUACUGCAAUUACGAGCAUGAAAGUGGAAAGAACUCACUGCCGAAAGAAGAUUCUUCAAAGACUGCUGCUGAGGAAGAGGACUGCAGCACAUAUCUUGGUAACAGCACCGUUUUUAAUAGAGAUCACUUAUACCACAGGACAGCAUAUUUAGUGUACAUCGUCCUUCUUCUGAAGAGCUCCAUGUAUUAUCUCAUUGUACUCUUCUUCAUCUACCGAAUGUGGGCUCCGACCAAGCACCGAGGAAAGAAAGCAUAA